GCUUUCCCCUCGGGGUCCGCUGCUUGGGCGACGGGCGUGGGGCGCGCUGGGCGGUGAGGCCAUGUGGGGCCCCGGCUGCGCGGCGCUCUGGGUGCUGCUGCUGCUGCAGGUGGGUGUGCAGCAGGCACCUGCGUGCGCCUGGAGACCCCCAGCGGCCUCACCUGGGAGCCCGAGCAGCCGGCGUCCUCCAGGUCCUGCGGAGUGGCCCGCCGGCGUGAAAAAGGGCGAAUAUGACCUGGUGUCUCCCUAUGAGGUCGACUACAGUGGCAACUACGUGUCCCACGAAAUCGCACACCCUCAGAGGAGGAAAAGGGCACUGACCCAGCCUGGAGUGGACUCUCUUCACCUGCGACUGAAAGGCUCCAGGCACGACUUCCACAUGGAAUUGAAGACAUCCAGCCAUCUGGUGGCUCCUGGAUUCAUCGUACAGACACUGGGAAAGGGCGGCAUUAAGUCAGUGCAGGCUUUCCCACCUGAGGAUUUCUGUUUUUAUCAAGGCUCCUUACGAUCCCACAAAAAUUCCUCAGUGGCUCUUUCAACCUGCAAAGGUUUGUCAGGCAUGAUAAGAACACAAGAAGCAGAUUACUUCUUAAAGCCACUUCCUUCCCACCUAGCAGGGCAACUCAAUGACUCUGCCGGGGGUGGGCCUCCUUCCCACAUACUGUACAAGAGAUCCACAGAGCCACAGGCUCCGAGGGGGCGCCAGGCAAUGAUGGUCCAGAGGCAGCGGGAGCUGGAAAAUCACCACCUCUUCUACCACGAAAAUCAAAAUCUGCAAGGUGGCUUUGACCUCGGGCACCCACAAAAGCAGCAUUUCUGUGGAAGACGCAAGAAAUACAUGCCCAAGCCUCCCAGGGAAGACCUUUUCAUCUUGCCUGAUGAGUACAAGUCUUGCUCACGGCACAAGCGCUCUCUUCUGAAGUCCCAUAGGAAUAAAGAACUGAAUGUGGAGACGUUGGUAGUGGUCGACAAAAAGAUGAUGCAAAAUCAUGGCCAUGAAAAUAUCACCACCUAUGUGCUGACAAUACUCAACAUGGUGUCUGCUUUAUUCAAAGAUGGAACAAUAGGAGGAAACAUCAACAUUGCAAUUGUAGGUCUGAUUCUUCUAGAAGAAGAACAGCCAGGGCUUGUGAUAAGCCAUCACGCGGAUCACACCUUAAGUAGCUUCUGCCAGUGGCAGUCUGGUUUGAUGGGGAAAGAUGGAACUCGCCAUGACCAUGCCAUCUUACUCACAGGUCUGGACAUAUGCUCCUGGAAGAAUGAGCCCUGUGAUACUUUGGGAUUUGCGCCCAUAAGUGGAAUGUGUAGUAAAUAUCGCAGCUGUACAAUUAAUGAAGAUACAGGUCUUGGACUGGCUUUCACCAUCGCCCACGAGUCUGGACACAACUUUGGCAUGAUCCAUGAUGGAGAAGGGAACAUGUGCAAAAAGUCUGAGGGCAACAUAAUGUCCCCUACAUUAGCAGGACGCAAUGGGGUCUUCUCCUGGUCACCCUGCAGCCGCCAGUACCUGCAUAAAUUUUUAAGCACUGCCCAAGCGACAUGCCUUGCUGAUCAGCCAAAGCCUGUGAAAGGAUACAAGUACCCUGAGAAACUGCCGGGACAGUUAUACGAUGCAAACACGCAGUGCAAGUGGCAAUUUGGAGAGAAAGCCAAGCUUUGCAUGCUGGAUUUUAAAAAGGAUAUCUGUAAAGCCUUAUGGUGUCAUCGGAUUGGAAGAAAGUGUGAGACUAAAUUUAUGCCAGCAGCAGAAGGCACCAUUUGUGGGCAUGACAUGUGGUGCCGUGGAGGGCAGUGUGUGAAAUAUGGUGAUGAAGGCCCUAAGCCUACCCAUGGCCAUUGGUCAGACUGGUCUCCCUGGUCACCAUGCUCCAGGACCUGCGGAGGAGGGGUGUCCCACAGAGACCGCCUCUGCACUAAUCCCAAACCAUCCCACGGCGGGAAGUUUUGUGAGGGCUCCACUCGCACUCUGAAGCUUUGCAACAGUCAGAAAUGUCCCCACGAUAGUGUUGACUUCCGUGCCAUGCAGUGUGCAGAAUACAACAGCAAACGGUUUCGAGGGUGGCACUACAAGUGGAAGCCUUACACGCAAGUAGAAGAUCAGGACUUAUGCAAACUCUACUGUAUCGCAGAAGGAUUUGAUUUCUUCUUUUCUUUGUCAAAUAAAGUCAAAGAUGGGACUCCAUGCUCGGAGGAUAGCCGUAAUGUUUGUAUAGAUGGGAUUUGUGAGAGAGUUGGAUGUGACAACAUCCUUGGAUCCAGUGCUGUGGAAGACUCUUGCGGUGUAUGCAAGGGGAAUAACUCAGACUGCACGGUGCACAAGGGCCUCUAUGCCAAGCACCACCGCACCAACCAAUAUUAUCAGAUGGUUACCAUUCCUUCUGGAGCCCGGAGUAUUCACAUCUAUGAAAUGAAUGUAUCUACCUCCUACAUUGCUGUGCGCAAUGCCCUCAAAACAUACUACCUGAAUGGACACUGGACCGUGGACUGGCCCGGACGCUACAAGUUUUCAGGCACUGCCUUCAACUACCGACGGUCCCACAGGGAGCCGGAGAGCUUGACUUCUGCGGGGCCAACCAACGAAACACUGAUCGUGGAGCUCCUGCUUCAGGGAAGGAACCCGGGCAUUGCCUGGGAAUACUCGGUGCCUCGGCGGGCCGGUGAGCAGAAGCCCAGUGCCCAGCCCAGCUACACGUGGGUCAUCAUCCGCUCCGAGUGCUCUGUUUCCUGUGGUGGGGGGCAGAUGACCACCCAAGAAGGCUGCUACAGAGACCUGAGGUUUCAAGUAAAUACGUCAUUCUGCAAUCCCAACACCCGGCCUGCCACAGGGGUGGUGCCUUGCAAAGUAUCUGCCUGUCCUCCCAGUUGGUCCGUGGGGAACUGGAGUACCUGCAGCAGGACGUGUGGUGGAGGGACACAGAGCCGAGUGGUCCAGUGCACGCAGCGAGCCCAUUACAGAGCAGAGCGGGUCUCGGCCAGCCUGUGCCCACAGCCUGUCCCUGCCAGCCGACAGGCCUGCCACCCCCAGAGCUGCCCGCCCACUUGGAGUGCUGGACCCUGGGCAGAGUGCUCUCGAACCUGUGGGAAGGGAUGGAGGAAGAGGUCCGUGGCCUGUAAGAGCACCAACCCCUCAGCCAGGGCGCAGCUGCUGCCUGACACCCUCUGCAGCUCAGAGCCCAAGCCCAGGACUCACGAAGCCUGUCCACUUAAGCGCUGCUACAAGCACAAGAAGCUACAGUGGCUUGUGUCUGCCUGGUCCCAGUGCUCUGUUACAUGUGAAGGGGGAACACAGAAACGAUUCUUAAGAUGUGCUGAAAAGUACAUUUCUGGGAAGUACCGGGAGCUGACCUCAAAGAAGUGCUUGCAUUUGCCGCAGCCUGACCUGGAGCUGGAACGUGCCUGCGCCCAGUUCCCCUGCCCCAAGCACCCCUUGUUUGCUGCCACAGGCCCCCCGCGGGCCACCUGGUUUGCCUCGCCCUGGUCUCAGUGCACAGCCAGCUGUGGGGGUGGCGUGCAGACCAGGUCCGUGCAGUGCCUGGCAGGGGGCCGGCCGGCUGUGGGCUGCUUCGUUCACCAGAAGCCUGAAGCCUCCCUGGCCUGCAACACUCAUUUCUGCCCCAUCGCAAAGAAGAAAGAUGCCGUCUGCAGAGACCACCUGCACUGGUGCUCCUUGGUGCCCCAGCACGGGAUGUGCAGCCACCAGUUCUACGGCCAGCAGUGCUGCGAGACUUGCUCCAAAUCCAACCUGUGAGGGUGGGGCCCCCUCCCAGGGGCGGGGAAAUGCCUGUUUUCAGCACCAACGAACUGUCCAGUUCACAUGGGAAUGCAUCCAAAGAAGAUGGAAACUGGAAGAAGAAAAACUGUUAGCUGUUAGGCUCUUUGUGCACAAGCGUGCACGUGUGGGGGUGUGUGGGGUCACCUGUGCACACACAAGCAUAUGGAGUCAUGCUGGGUUGACACCUGGAGGAGGCAGCAGGGCUUGCUCUGCUGAACGGGAGCAGUGCUCCCUGUAUGUGUAUUUCAGCUAUCAAGUCUGAAAGACAGUGGAGCUGAACUUGCUAAAUGCUAAUAAAUGUUUGGUGCUCUGUAAAAAGAAGAAAGGCCACGAAAUUAGGAACAAGUACAAAAUUCUGCUGCUAAGUGUGCCGGCCUUCCUCCCACCUCCGGGGCUCCUCCAGAGGUUAGGAGUAACCAGCUUCUGACCAGGACAAGCAGGCGGCCUGGACAGAUCUGGCUGUGUUCCCAGGGCCCCACUUCAUGCCCUAGCAACAGAGUUUCUCUUUGCAAGGACUUGGUGCUGUGACAAGAGCUGGUGUUGUCUCUAAGGGGCACCUGCCUGCCCCGAGAGGUGGGACUCAGACCUGCUUUCAGAGUUUGCCUCUGGAAACAGGAAAAAUUAAAUUCCUGCUAAGGUGCUGUAUCUCUUACAGACUCGGAUGCUGGGGGAGAGGAUUUUAUAUCUUAGGUUUUCUCUUUCGCAGUUAUUUACAAGUGAGGAUCUCUAUUUAAACUGUUUCUUAGUGCUUUUCAUUGUUAGAUGACAUAAUUACAGGUAAUACCAUGAUUAGUGGAUUGUUGCCUGCACCACAGCCCUGCUGUCCUAGGAAGGGGUAUGGGUGGUUCUCCAAUGAAUAUGCCAACACGAUAACCUUAGAAAUCAGGUUUCAUUUUUGUGCGUUGUGGGUUUUUAAACUGUUUUUCCAUGAACGUUGGCUGUGUUUGUGAGGCCCAUUCAGAGAGAAGGCACUGAUUUCCUGGUGGGAAGCUGCCCCGCAGGCCCCAGCAUCAUCUGUCAGUGCGGGUGCUGCUGUCAUUCUCCCUUCCCGCCACGCAGCUGUGUUCAGA